UAUACCCGACCUUGCAAGCAGACGACGUCGGGUUGGAGUGCAGAGCGAGGUUUGAAUGAUGCCGGGUAGAAGGUGAAGUUAGCACAGCCGUUGUGCGAGCGGCAUGAUACCUCUCCCCAUUCCUCAGAUUCCAGCUAAGGAAUGAAAAAAUGCUUUGGAAGCAGCUCUGCUCCUUAUCAUACCAAAGAAUCUCAGAAGAGAGGGAAGAGACAUGGUGUUACAUUGUUAUUCUUCGUAUUAGCAUUUGUUCCUGGGAUUUCACCAGUAGCUUAAAUCCGAGUAGCAAUAAGGAGUAAUGGACAGGUAACAGGAUACUGUUCUGCUGUGGUGUCAGAGAGUAAGAAUGACAGAGUGCUUCCUGCCCCCCACAAGCAGUCCCAGCGAACACCGCAGGGUAGAGCAUAGUGGAAGUCUGGCCAGGACUCCAAGCUCUGAAGAAAUCAGCCCAACGAAAUUCCCUGGUUUAUAUCGCACGAGUGAGCCUUCACCACCUCAUGACAGCCUCCACGAACCUCCUGAUAUUGUGUCUGAUGAUGAGAAAGAACAUGGGAAGAAGAAAGGGAAAUUUAAGAAAAAGGAGAAAAGAACGGAAGGCUAUGCAGCUUUUCAGGAAGAUAGCUCAGGGGAUGAAGCUGAAAGUCCUUCUAAGCUAAAACGCUCUAAAGGGAUUCAUGUUUUUAAGAAGCCCAGUUUCUCCAAAAAGAAGGAAAAAGACUUUAAGAUAAAAGAAAAACCCAAAGACGAAAAGCAUAAAGAGGACAAGCACAAGGAAGAGAAGCACAAAGAGAAGAAAUCAAAAGACUUGACGGCAGCAGAUGUUGUCAAACAAUGGAAAGAGAAGAAGAAGAAGAAGAAAACACUUCAGGAGGUAGAAAUGCCACCGGUGUAUGUUCCUAGGCACAGGCCUGUGUUUGGGGUCCCUUUGAGUGAUGCAGCAGAAAGAACCAUGCUAUAUGAUGGCAUCCGUCUACCAGCAGUGUUCCGGGAAUGUAUAGAUUAUGUAGAAAAACAUGGCAUGAAAUGCGAAGGCAUCUACAGAGUGUCAGGAAUUAAAUCAAAGGUGGAUGAGUUAAAAGCAGCAUAUGACCGAGAAGAAUCCCCUAAUCUAGAGGACUAUGAGCCCAACACAGUAGCUAGCUUGUUGAAACAAUACCUGCGUGAACUUCCUGAAAACCUGCUUACCAAAGAGCUGAUGCCUCGCUUUGAAGAUGCUUGUGGGAAGAGCCUGGAGUCCGAGAAACGGCAGGAAUGCCAGCGCCUCCUGAAAGAGCUACCAGAAUGUAACUUUCUCUUGAUUUCCUGGCUGAUUGUGCAUAUGGACCAUGUCAUUGCAAAGGAGCUAGAAACAAAAAUGAAUAUCCAAAACAUUUCUAUAGUGCUCAGUCCAACUGUCCAGAUCAGCAACCGUGUCCUUUACGUGUUUUUCACUCACGUGCAAGAAUUCUUUGGAAAUGUGGUCCUCAAGCCAGUAACAAAGCCUCUUCGUUGGUCUAACAUGGCAACCAUGCCAGCAUUGCCAGAAACACAGGAAAGCAUUAAAGAAGAGAUUCGAAGACAGGAGUUUCUUUUGAACUGUUUGCACCGAGAUCUUCAGGUAGGGAUUAAAGAUUUAUCCAAAGAAGAAAGAUUAUGGGAAGUGCAGAGGAUUUUGACAGCUCUGAAAAGGAAGCUAAGAGAAGCUAAAAGACAAGAAUGUGAAACAAAGAUUGCGCGAGAAAUUGCUAGUCUUUCAAAGGAGGAUGUUUCCAAAGAAGAAAUGAAUGAAAAUGAAGAAGUUAUAAAUAUUUUACUGGCUCAGGAGAAUGAGAUUUUGACUGAACAGGAAGAACUGCUAACAAUGGAACAGUUUUUACGUCGACAAAUUGCAUCUGAAAAAGAGGAAAUAGAUCGUCUCCGAGCAGAAAUAGCAGAAAUUCAAAGUCGCCAGCAUGGUCGCAGUGAAACUGAAGAAUAUUCUUCUGAGAGUGAGAGUGAGAGUGAAGAUGAAGAAGAGUUACAGAUAAUCUUAGAAGAUUUGCAACGGCAAAAUGAAGAACUAGAGGUUAAGAAUAACCAUCUGAACCAAGCGAUUCAUGAGGAGCGUGAGGCCAUCAUUGAGCUGCGAGUACAGCUUCGCCUCUUGCAGAUGCAGCGAGCCAAAACGGAGCAGCAGGUGCAGGAAGAGGAAGAGCUUGAGAAACGAGGGGGCCCGAUGCAGCAGCAGCAGCCGCCCCUGCCAAGAGACAGUGUCCCAGAGACAAAAGCUAUGAAAGAGCAGCCGAAGGCAAUCCAGGAGUCAGUGAAGCCAUCUCCAAGCAAGGACAGAAAAGAAACCCCAAUUUAAUUGGACUUCUGAGCGCUUGGAUUCUUGCCUGUGCAAAGCCAGGACUGUGCAACUUACUGUAAAUCUGUGGCCUGUACAUUCUGUAAAUAUUUUCUCUUUUACCUCCUGGGGAUAUUUUGUCUCCGUCCUAUGUGUGGCUUCUGCCUAUCAGGCUCAGGUUACUUGGAAAGAUAAAGCAGAGAGAGAGAGAGAGAGAGAGAGAGAGAGAAACAGACAGAUAGAUGGCAGGAAAGGGCAGCGCUGUAGUUACUCAGCCUGUCAGACGUUAGCUUUGGCUGAUCUUUGGGAAUUGAGGGGAUGAUAGUACAUUUUAAAACAAUUACAUACUCACUCCGGAGCAGAUUUUCAAAUUCUCUCAUGCAUUAUCUGUCCAAGGGCUACUUCAUAUGAGAUAUUUCAUUGCACGGAUGUAGGAAAAAGUACAUUCUCUGCUGGGCAUAUACCAAUGUAUCUGGUAAUUCUUGACUACCAGAAACGUCAGGUAGAGUUAGAGAAGGUCACAGUAGAGGAACAUUUUUCUCCCCCCACCCCCGCCUCUCCAUUUGGUCAUCUUUCUGGCCACACAAGCAGACAACCAUGUUUCUCUCUGACCAGCAGAAGAGGGGAGAGCACUCUGUGCCAUUUGGGGGUAAUCUAAUUUAAAUGGAAGUUUGGUAAGAAGCAUUUCCACCCUGGUCUUGAAAAGAAACUUCCUCUUAGCAUAGAAAUGGCUUUUAUGAAGUUUUUUUUUAAAAGGCUGAUACAUCUCUAGUCAGUGCAGAUGUCUGUUAAGUGUUUAUAGAGAAGCCACAGUUGGCACAGCAAAAUAGAUGUUUGCAAGUAUGUUCCACAGUGGUCUGUGUUGGGGAUAAAGAAACUAUAAAAAGUGGCUGUUGGUUAAGAAUGGGGAGGUCCAAUCCAUAUCUCAUUCAUCUAUUUGCUUUGUAAUUUUUUGCUCUCGUUCUUCAUAAUUGUUUUUAUUCACUCUUACUUGUGCCUUUCAGUAACAAAGGAGCUUUACAAAAUAGAUGUGCCCGAAACAAUGGAAGAUCUUCAAAACUUUAGUAUUAUGUAACGUGUUCUUUUCAUUUGACUUUUUUUUAGAGCUUUAUGAAAGUACAUGUAAAAUUAAGCUGAAAAGAUUGAUAAGCACAUAUCCAUAAAUCCACUAUGAACUCUUGAACAUUGUCAAUGCAGCUAUAUGUAGAACCAAUUACUAGGCUUGCCAAUUAAUUAGGAAUAAGAAUGGAAGCACUUUGUAGGUUUUAUAGCAAACCUCAUAAAGCUGACCUUUUUUCCCCCUUUCUUUUGAUAAUUUAAAGAAAUUAGUGAAUGUUGUUGAUUAUCAAGGUUCCAUGAUUUAGGAUAGGGAGUUGGUGCUGAUUUUUGUUGCACUCUUUCUUUGAUGGAUUGAGAGCACUUUGAAGUUCAGUGCAACAUAGAAGUGUGCAAGCCUCCAUCAGGAUCUUGGAACCGAGGUGAAUGAUAAAAAAUAAUCUCGGCCAUUUUAGUGGGUUUCAAAGAAGUAUUACAUUCAGAAAGGGCUCCAUAAUUGUUAUAGAACUUGUACCAGUUCUUGGUACACAUUUGAAAGUGUGUUGUAAGUACUUUGGAGGUCCUCUCAAGCACAAUGCAAUGGAGGGAAGAAGGUCCAUCUCCAAGCCCUUCUUAGUGUUUCCUAAAAAAAAAUAAAAAAAAUAGGGAAGCAUAUUUAUGACAUUUUGUGUGCUUAAGAGGGUGAUUCCGAUAAAUUUUUUAAAAAGCUGGUAAUAUAUACCCAUAAAUUUGUGAUGGAAAUGUUCAGCUGCCUUAUGCUUUAAUUAGUUACCAUUGCCAGCAGUGAAUUCUUAACAAUAAAUUGUGGCUUUUCAGAGCUACAUCAUUUAAAAUUCCAAUUCAAUUUGAAGUGGAUGAUGUUAAUUGACUCUAUAGGGUGCUUAUAGUAUUUAGUUUCUGUCUGUAAUAUUUAUUUUUAUGUGGUGGGUGUUUUUUUUCCUAUUGCACUGUUGUGAAUCAUUGGCCAUGAUUUAAUGUUUGUACAAAUUACUCUAAAAUGCAUUCUAAAGAACAGCUUUUUUUAAAAACCUUAAAGAAAAUUUAUGGAGGGUGGUUAAAUGACAGUUGUAUGUAGAUUUUAUUUGGCCUGUUACAUACAUUUUAUAUUUCUGACAGUAUUUAAACCUUUUUGUUUUGAAUUCAUACUAAUUUCUAUUAAAUUGUCAAACUUUUAUAAUCAACGUUCAUCAGAUAUUUUGAUAUGGCUAAUUUUUGUUUGUCAAGAACAUGUUAAUCAAGAAAAUAAAUUUAACAGCCAUGUGCUAAUGGGUUUAUUGAAUUAAAAAUGUUAAGAUUCACAAAUAAAUUCUCUGGCCCACGUUCGAAGUCCUGAUGUGGUAAUAACCAACUGAAUUUAUGAGAGAUGUUUGUAUUAAAUAAAUGCAAUUCUACCAAAAAACCAAAAG